CCCGCUUUAGUAUUCCUCCAACAAUCGCGUAGGCAAGCACAAUCCAACCCCCUGACUCUAUUAAAAUUCCGAGAUAAUGUCGCUCCUAGCGAAUUAAGCUCUUCCAUAAUCCAUCAAUUACAAAAAACUAACAACGCGAUCAUUUUAAUUAAUCAUUUUUUAAAGUGCUUCAAAUUCUGCAGAAAUUUAAUCAUUGCAGUAAUUUGAGCGGAAUGUCCAAUCAGCUAAUUGUAGCAAUGGUAUUGUGGUGGUGCGCGGGUUUAGUAUGGUCACAGCAACCCUUCGAUGAUAAUUUCCGUUAUUAUAACAUCGGGGUUUUGAUGGCAUCGCACUUGGAUUCGCCCUUCGAUCUUGAAAGGUGCGGACCUGCGGUUGAUAUGGCUUUGGAGGAGAUCAACGACAAGUUCUUAGCACACCACGGGAUCAAACUCAAAAAGGUCCAGGAAAGCUACCCUUCGUGCAGCGGCGCCCGAGCCCCCGGCCUGGCCGCCGACAUGCACUUCAAAUCGGACGUAAUUGCAUUCGUGGGGCCCGCUUGUUUGUUUGCCCUUGAACCUGUUGCUCGCCUGGCGGCCUACUGGAACACCCCCAUCAUCACAGGAAUGGGCGAUCAGCCGCCCUCAGAAGGGGAGCUGUCGGUCACUUCCGGGAUUCUGGGCCGGUUGCAGAAGUGGAACAAGAGCGACAGUGCCGGGAUUCUGAAGGACAAAAGCAAAUAUCCGACACUGACGAGGAUGUCCUACUGCCAGUGCAGGCUCAAGUCCGUUUUUUCGAGCAUUUUUAGGCAGUUUGGGUGGAGACACAUCGCGCUUAUUCUGGACAGGUCGGAUCUGUUCUCCCUUACUGCCGGAAAAAACUUAGAACAUGGCUUAAAAAAAGAAGGUCUCCUCACAUUCAUGCGCGAGUUAGACGGUAACGACAACGAAUCCAUCGAUAACUACCUCCGCGACGCAAGCAUGUAUGCCAGAGUGGUAAUUCUAAGUGUUCGGGGAACCCUUGUCCGGAAGUUCAUGCUUGUUGCUCACUCCCUUGGUAUGACUAAAGGCGACUGGACUUUUCUCGAUGUUGAAAUUUUCCAAGGAUCAUACUGGAAGGACCACGACUGGGAAGCAGGUGACAGCAAUGAUGCAGCUGCUAGAAAAGCAUAUGAAGCGCUUCUCCGAGUGUCUUUACUGCAACCAACAAGCGACCAAUUCCAAGAUUUUUCCGAUAGAGUGAAAGAAAAAGCCCUGAAGGAUUACAACUACACCAUCAGUGAAAGAGAAGAAAUCAACUUCGUCAUUGGGGCGUUCUAUGAUGGGGUGUAUUUAUUAGGGAUGGCUCUGAAUGAAACCUUGACUGAAGGCGGGGAUAUUAGGAACGGAAUCAACAUCACGACGAGGAUGUGGUCGAGGGAUUUUCACGGAAUCACUGGUCAUGUGCGUAUUGAUGACAACGGUGACCGAGACGCCGAUUACUCAGUCUUGGACCUGGACCCCAUCACUGGAAAAUUCGAAGUGGUGGCACACUACUACGGGGUCCACAAACGCUACUCUCCGGUCACCGGUAAAAGAAUCCAUUGGCCAGGGGGCCGUGAGGGGGCCCCACCUGACGUUCCACGAUGCGGCUUUAUGAAUAAUGACCCCGAAUGCCGAAAUCACGAAACCUACAUGAUAAUUCUCUACGGAUCUUUUGCAUUUGGGGUCUUUCUAGCCCUAAUUAUCACAUUCACCUGCGUUUGUAAUAAACAAAUGAAAAUCGCUGCCGACCUCAACAACAUGUCCUGGAGGAUCCGUCCGGAGGAAGUAAUUCUAGAAAUGACGGGCAGAUCAGCGUUUGGUUCGAAACUAGCCCUCCACAAACUAACAGAAUCAUAUGGGCUCAGAAGUGGCCGCGCGUCUAUCACUUCCACCAACUCACUUCAAACAAAAAUCUUCACCACUGUGGGCAUCUACAAAGGGAGUCGAGUCGCUAUUAAAAAAAUUUCAAAAAAGAAGGUCGAUAUCAAUAAAAAACUUCUCUGGGAAAUCAAACAGGUUCGGGACGUAACUCACGAAAACACGGUCAGGUUUGUGGGGGCGUGCAUUGAGUCCCCCACUGUGCUUAUCCUGACCGAAUAUUGCCCCAGAGGGAGUCUUAAAGAUGUGCUAGAAAAUGAGGAAAUUCAGCUCGACUGGAACUUCCGAAUGUCCUUAAUUCAUGACGUUGUUAAAGGAAUGAGUUAUUUGCACAGUUGCGAGGUUUCGGUCCAUGGAAAACUGCGGUCGUGUAAUUGUCUCAUUGAUGGCCGCUUUGUUCUAAAAAUCUCCGAUUUCGGCUUAACAACAUUGACUACUCCGCUGCAAGUCGAAAAAGACGCUGACUAUUACAAGAAAAUGUUAUGGGUGGCGCCAGAGCUCCUUCCCUUGACGGUCGUGCCAGGCACUCCGGCAACCCAAAAAGGCGACGUUUACAGUUUUGGGAUUAUUUUAGAAGAGAUAAUUGUCCGUGGAGGGCCAUACGAAGCCGCUCGUCAGUUUUUGGAACCUCAUGAAAUCAUAGCAAGAGUCGCCACGAGGGAAAAUCCGCCGUUUCGCCCAGCUGUCAGUUGUAGGGACUGUCCAGAGGACCUUUUCGAGCUGAUGGAGCGUUGCUGGAGCGACAAUCCUGAAGACCGACCGACUUUUGAUUCAGUUAAAAUAACUCUUCGCACCAUCAUGAAGGGUUUUUGUGAGAACCUCAUGGACGACCUUUUGAGGCGCAUGGAACAAUACGCCAACAACCUGGAGGCGUUAGUUGGGGAGAAAACCGAACAACUCAGCCAGGAGAAGCGCCGCUCGGAGGAACUCCUCUACCAAGUACUUCCCCGGCCUGUGGCCCAACAACUAAUGGCGGGAGAGAUCGUCCAGCCGGAGCAGUUCGAAUGUGUGACCGUUUAUUUCAGCGAUAUUGUCGGUUUUACGGCCCUUUGCGCCAAAAGCUCUCCCAUGGAAGUCGUCGAUUUUCUCAACGACUUGUACAGCACCUUCGACAGGAUCAUCGGUUCCUACGACGUGUACAAAGUCGAGACGAUCGGAGAUGCGUACAUGGUGGUGUCUGGACUCCCUGAGCGAAACGGCGACUCGCAUGCGAAGGAAAUAGCGCUCCUGUCGUUGGCUAUCUUGGACGCGAUUCGAUGUUUCAGUAUUCAGCACAACCCCGACUAUCAGCUCAAAGUCCGCAUUGGGAUUCACUCAGGGCCGGUUUGUGCCGGGGUUGUGGGCCAACGCAUGCCCCACUAUUGUCUUUUCGGCGACACUGUUAACACAGCUAGCAGAAUGGAGAGCACUGGACAACCUUUGAAGAUUCACGUCAGCGAGAUUACGAAGAAUAUUCUGGACAAGUACGGGACGUUCAAACUCGAAUUGAGGGGCGAGGUUGAGUUGAAAGGUAAGGGGUUUGUGACAACGUAUUGGCUUCUGGGAAGUACCGAGCCUGUGGCCAGGCCGCCCUCGCCCCUAGUGACAGCGGACCAAGACACUAAUCCAUAUCCACUCAUUUUUAUGGGAAAUUAAUGUGUGUGGUAAUAAACGCUCAUUUUUCUGGAUAA